AUGCACCCCUCACCCACCACUUAGGAUCGCAAUUCCACUACUCUGCCUUCUGCUAUCCACCCAUCUGUAACAAUGGCUUCAGCCCAUGACAGAGCUGUACUUCAGGCCAUCUUUAACCCCACCAGCCCUCCAGGAGACGUCCCUGGAUUAAACCAAGAGGAGGAACUGACAGACGAUGACAGUGGCUUUGAGGUUGGGCUACUACAGCAGGUCAAAGAGCUGGAGAUGGAGGGGGUUGCAGCAGCAGAGGCUGGGGAUCUACCCACAGCUCUGGAAUGGUUCAGCCAGGCCAUAGACACACUGCCGCAGAGAGCCUCUGGCUACAACAACAGGGCCCAGACCAGACGACUCCAGGAGGACACAGAAGGAGCCCUAGAGGACCUGGAGCGUGCCAUCGCUCUGAGUGGGGGUGUAGGGCGUACAGCGUGUCAGGCUCUGGUCCAGAGAGGCUUGCUGCUGAGGCUGGCCUGCCAGGAUGAUAAGGCCCGGGAGGACUUCAAGAGGGCAGCCGUCCUGGGCAGUGAGUUCGCCCGGCAACAGGUAGUGGUUCUGAAUCCGUACGCUGCCCUCUGCAACCGCAUGCUGACGGAGGUCAUCAACAAGCUACGCAACCCGGAGGUGUCAGAGACACAGUAGUCAAAGGACAAGACUUACCACCCCAACACUGGCAAACCAAAUACAUUUGUAUCACUUGUGCAUGCAUUAAUUGUUGUCUUGAGAAAUGAAUUAAUAAACGUUUACGUUUUAUUGAA